CUGCGCAAACGCAAAGCACGCGCCAACACUUCCAAUUCCAAUUCCAAGUUCAAUUUUUUAUUUCAACUCCAAUACCAAUUUCAAUUCCCCAAAAAACUCAGUUCCAAUCGUAACUCCCCACACCUACGUCCAAAAAGAAACGUAUUUCAAUUUUAGCGCGUCGUUUUCCAACUGCAGUGCGUGUUUUUUUCAGUGUCGUUGUAAAGUUUUAAUAACUUAUUUGUUUUAUAUUUUUUUUAUCAUUAUUUUGUUGAAAAACUCUAAAACAGUGCCAAAAGUUCAAGUUCACAAUUAGUGCAGAAAUUUUGCUGCUUUUCAAGAUGUGCCGUCAUUUGUCAGGUCCAAAGGAGAUGUGGACAUUGUUGAUCGGAUUGGCGACAUUGGUGUUGCCAUCUGGUGUGCUGGGACAUGGUCGGUUGAUGGACCCACCGGCAAGGAAUGCCAUGUGGCGCUUUGGCUAUCCCAAUCCGGUGAACUACAAUGACAACGAGCUCUUCUGUGGAGGAUAUGCCGUACAGUGGGAGCAGAAUAGCGGACGUUGUGGUGUCUGUGGCGAUGCUUACCACGUGAAAUCACCGCGUCCCCAUGAAGCGGGAGGAGAAUACGCCAAGGGCAUCAUCUCUCGAUAUUAUACAGCCGGUCAGGAGAUUGAUGUUGAGGUGGAGCUUACGGCCAAUCAUUAUGGACGCUUCGAGAUGUAUCUCUGUCCCAAUAACAAUCCACGUCAGGAGGCCACUCAGGACUGCUUCGAUCGUUAUCCUUUGUUCAUUUCGGGCAGUCGGGAGCAUCGGUUCCUCAUCCCGCGCGAUACCAAAAAGAAGGACAUCUUCCGUUAUCGCGUUCGUCUGCCUGCCUAUGUGACCUGCACUCAAUGUGUGCUCCAAUGGACCUACUAUACCGCCAACAUGUGGGGCACCUGCUCCAAUGGCACCGAAGCCGUCGGUUGUGGCAAGGCGGAGACCUUCCGCAAUUGUGCGGAUAUUGCCAUCAUUUCGAAUACGGGAGGCGGUGUACCGCCCAUAUUUGUCAACAACAAAUCACCAUACUUGCUAUAUUAUCGCGAUUAUCGAGCGCCCGAGGACAAUAAUGUGUUCCCACUGAUUGUGCGGGAUCAAAAGUGCAUUGGAGCACCGCCUUUCCGUGCCCUUCCCGGCAUCGACAACUGGUGUGAGAUCAAUUGUCUGCGAUAUCCUCCCAACUGUCCCGAGACAGCCUGCCAUUGCCCUAACGAGUGUGUGGCAAUUGGAGAACUGGAGGGACGCGAGGGAGCUGAUACUUAUUGCAUGGAUCAAUGUUUAAAUUACAAAUCGGAAUGUCCGCGCGACAGAUGCCGUUGCUAUUAGAGAGAGAGAGACAGCAACAAGAGAUGCAAGACAGAGACAGGAUGAGAACCUUAACUAUACAAGCUGUGCUGCCCCAUUUGCCACAAACGAAAGAAGAAGACGACGAAAGACAAAGAA